GUGGGGUGAGGUUGCUUGACUUUCCCCGGAGCAAGGAGCAAAGUUUACCAUGGCUUGUGUUCUUAUUAUGGUUUCCUGUUGCCGAGAAUGGAAACUGAUGUUUCCGUGCGGGUUUCUUUCAUGACAUGACAUUACAGUAAAAAGGUGGUCUAUGAUUUCAACAUUUGUGACCGAAUGAUCAAUAAACUCGUAAAUUGACAACAGUUACAGAAUUUGGAAGAAUACGCAGAUGCAACUUAAAAAAUUGAUGUACAGAAUACACCUGUCACUUCAGACACCUAGAGUACAGACCUGGUUGGCAUUUCUUUGAACACAGCUACAAUGGAGCCUCCAUAUGUCGAAGAUGACAUCUGCAUCCUGAAGCAUGAAACGGCAGACAGCUCGCUGGAGCUAUCAAAGGAGAGCCCUUUUUCCAUGUGUUCAGGAGAUGAAUCUGUCGCUUCCCACUUUGCGCUUGUCACCGCCUACGAAGACAUCAAAAACCGGCUGAGGGAGGCAGAGAAAGAAAACACAUUCUUAAAGAGACGAGUCAAGCAACUGGAAGGAAAGAAUCAACACUGCUGUGUUCAGCCAGAUGAAUUCACUGCAGGACCCAAGUAUGUCAAUAAAGCCUUUAAUGCUUUUCGUGGAAUCUACAUCGAAAAUAAAGAUUUGCAAGUGGAACUGGAUAAAAUGAAAAAGGAGAAGAGUGAAUCGGAGAAGCAUCUUAGUGAACAGCUGCAAACUAGAGAACUCGAGCUUCUCCAACUAAAAACUGAAGUGGAAACCAAUCAAGUUAUGAAAAAGCUGACCCCCACCAAUGAUUACUUGGAGCUGUACAAAGUGAACAACGAGCUGAAGCUACACACCUUGCAACAGGAGCUAGAUAUCCUCAAAACUGAAUACAACAAACUCAGGGGAAAAUAUGAGGACCAGGUUAAUAACAAACCUGUAUCUACGCAAGGAUCAGGAUAUCAUAGCGGUGACACUUCUCCACUGCAGGCUUACAGAGACCUCAAAAGAGAGAUGUCUAAUUUAUAUGCAGUGACAAAGUUGCAAGCAGAGAUGGUGAAAAACCUGAGAGACAACUCAAAAAGUGCAGCCUGCAGAGAUUCAUCUGCUGUUCCAAUCCAAUGCAUAGAAGACUUACAACUUAAUAGCAGAAUGGUAAAAAUGACUGCCCCCAGGCCAACACACAAAAGCCCCUGUGGUUCCUUUAAUGGCCCCAUGUUCAGCAAUGCCACAGCACCUCCUAUUCCGAAUGAGGCCACAGGCUUAUCUGAUGAUCCUUCUAAACACAGUUGGACAGCUGAGAGGCCGAGUCCUGUUGGCAGCGCUGCCUUGCAAGAACAUCCCUCGUAUGGACGCACUUCUUUGGAUGAAAACUCCUGGUUGUUUCCCAGCCCUCCAAAGCCUAGUGAUGCAUUGUUUUGGGAAAAUGCAAACACCCUUUAUUCCUCCAGUAAUCCAGUUUCCUGCCCAAAGAACCAGGAUCAACAGUGGCUUAGACCUUAGUGAUUUUUAAUUAGACUGUCAACUGUCUCAACCUUAUGCAGCAGAACUUUCUACAAAUCUACAAUACAAAUCUGCCUUAAAUGUAACUGCUUCAGCUAUUUUGGUUAUAUGAUGUUUUAAAUGUGGCAAUGCAUUAUGUUCUAGAAUUGGAUUCCAUGCAUUAAUACUCUUACCAUGUUAACACUUGGUUCUUAGCUAAGGAGUUGAUAGUACAUUGGGCUCCUAAUAAAGGCAUUCCCCCAUACACCGUGGGGACAUUAGAUUCUAACAUAAAGUGUGUUGAAGUUAAUGACUAUAUGAAAUGGGGUUCCAUGUAAAAACCCACUACCCAUCUGGAGCAGAUAGGUAUUUUCAGCUAAUACCAAGUGCAUAUAGUACUGUGAAACAGAAUGUGAGUUGAUGUGGGCAUUCAGGCUUUUGCAGUGUUAUAAAUAAUAGAAUGGUGUAGCACCCCCCAAAACAGUUGUUUCUUGGGUGAAAAUGUCAACCAAAAAAUGACUCCUCUUAAAGAGUAAGUAGCAGGGUUCCAAAAAAUAGUGUUACACAUCCCUACUUGUUUCUAGAACUGUUUAAAUAACAUACCUGUAAUUUUUUUCAUUGUUCAUCCUUACAACUUUUUACACUUAUAACUUUAAAGUCUGUUUCAAAGGUCUUUUCAAAAUGUCUGCUCUAGUGUGCUGAUAGUGUAAGAAUUAUUGCCCAUGUUGUCAAAAAGGAAACACAUUAAUAACAAUCUAUGAUGUGGCAUGGAAAAGAAAAGCCAGAGCACUUAUGUUUUUUCUCUUCCUGCAGUGAUUUAGAGGACAGAUCUGAAACCCCAGUGCACUAGAGCGGACAUCUUGAAACGUGCUUUAAAACAGACUUUAGAGUUAUACGUGUAAAAAGUUGUCAGGAUGUUAACAAUGAAAAGAAAAAUUACAGUUACGUUAUUAACAGUUGUAGCAACACAUGGGGACAUCUAUAUUUUUCGGAGCCCUGCUACUUACUCUUUAAGUAAGCUGUCAAAUGUGGGAUGUCAAAUUCUAACAUACAGUUAAUAGGGUGAAAUGUUUAAGUACAGAAUGCAUUUUCAUUGAGAGUGCAAUAGAUAUUAAGCAGGUUAUUCCAGAUUAUACAACAACCAGACACUGCUCUUUCGUCGGUUUUUAGCGAUUCUGUUAUUACUGAACAGAGGCAAAUAAAUCACUGCUUAAAGGUGCCAAUAAUAAUUAUUGACACCCGUUCUAAAACCACUGCUUACUGAUUAAACAUCACAUGGAUGCUCAAGCCCUGUUAUAAAAAUGUUAACACUUUCAGCUUACAGCUUAAUAAAAUGGCAGUGCUGUCUGUACUACUGAAUGCAAAUUGUUGAGACUGCCAUGUUUAUUUCCAGGUUGCAUUAUACCUUCAGUGACUUUUAUGGUGCCACUGUUCUGAAUCUGAAUCAUACAGCUGUAGCAUACCUUUUCACAGAUGAAUUAUAAUCAAAACCACAUUAUCUGCCUGUACAAAAGUAUCCAUAUCUGCUGCUACAAACUGUGCUUGUAAGCCCAAUUAAGUUACUUGCUCAUAAAAACAGUAUAUGUGUGAGAGUAGAGAUCUGUGUGUAUGUUUUAAGCCUACAUCAUAUGGAGAAUUUGGGCUGAUUUUUCAGUGCACGGAAUGCCAGAUAUACAAUGACAUAUCUCUUUAAUGCUUCUGAAAACUGCAGUCUCCACAUUUGGAAACUAAAGCUAUUUUCAGAAUGAAGACCACACAGACUUCAUGUAGUACUCACAUGAAUAUAUAUUGCUGUAGUUUUAAUCUUCCACAGGUAAAUGUUUUUUAAUUGGAAAAUAAUCACACACUGGUACACUUAGGCAAGGCGUCUUAGGUAUAUUGUAUUUUUCUUGAUUGUGUGAUUAAAUCUAUAUCCAGAAUAUACAAAGAAAUGUGAUGUUAACUUUUGAACCCUUCUUGUUUAUUACAGUGUCCCUAAUGGAUCUUCUAUUGUGUUACGGUUGUGUUUGUUGGUUAUCUCAUGAAGUGUAUAGGAUAUGUACACACACACAGGUUCUACAGACUGUGAACCGGAUACUUAAAUAUUCUAGAAUCACAGAAACAUUUUUGUCUCCAAAACCAUAUUCCAUAUACUUAUAUAUAUAUAUAUAUUUAUUCCUAAAAGAGCAUGAAGCAUCAAGGGCUUUUAAAAUUACCAACUUUUUUGCUCAGUUAAUUUAAACAGCAACAGUAAAAGAAGCAUUCUUUUGUUGAACUAAUUCAUAUAAUAUUACAAAACUGAAAAAAAAAGAAAAUUGUCUGUAUAAUAAUUUUAAACCAAAGACAUUUAUGUUAAUAGUAUCCUUUUAUGUUAAAACUAUUGUUUGUAUUUGGACCUGCUUUAGUUGUGUUUUUUAGAAUGAAUUAGCAAUGGAGUUGAAAGGAAAUAAAUAAUAUACGUGAAA